GGCGUAUCUGCCAGUUUGACUCGGAUUCCCAAAUCGAUCAUCUGUUUCGAGUACACUAACGUUCGAACUAUAUAUAGCGAAGAAUCUACAACAGAACAGAGUCACAGAGGGAAUUUUACUAAGAUCACAACCAAAUAUGGAGGCCAAGAUAGUCGCAUUGUGUGUGUUUUUGACAUGCGUAGUGGAAACAGUCGGGCGACCUUGUGCCGCCAAACUUACAGAGUACAGCAUCGAUGUUAAGGGAAGUUCGUGUCAAGGAGGUGACUGCAGGUGCACGUGGGCUAUAAAUGCCUCUGUUAAACCAGUAAAACAUCAUGAAGGUACUGAUUGCUUGAUCAGUAAAAGCCAUAAAGGUUAUCGCAAUUGUGCCGCUAAUCCAAACUUUGGUUGCAUCGGCCAGUGUAUAGAAUGCAACGGCAAAUGUAUGAACUACAGCAGUAUGGUUGAACAGUAUCUGGGCAAAGAUUCUCCUUGCACAGAAGAGAUGGAUCCAAUUGGGUGUUGCACUGUGCUGCAUAUGCGUCAGGAUGAUUACUGUCUCAACGGCGGGAAAUUAUUGUGCGAAGAUGAUAAGAAAGAACCAAUCUGCACGUGUCCGGUGGGAUGGACCGGAUCCCGUUGUGAGAGUCGAAUGAUUGAGAAUGUGACCUGUAAAUGCUUCAAGACCGACAUCACGUGGAACUCUUUCUGUGGGAAAAAUGAUAUGUACAACUGUACCGACGACGACAGGCCGGAAAACUGGACAGAGUGCCGACAAAACCGAUGUGUUUGUGAAAAGUCUGAAGUACAUCAUUCUAAGAAAUCCUUACCGGAAUGUUCCUUGAAGGAGAUUUCUGUUCUACCCCCAGAGGAAUUGUUUGAAAAAGGAGCUGCAUUGGUCUCGAGGAGUACAGCCAUCACAUUCACCUUUCCAUUAACACUAAUAUACAGUAAAAUGUAGUAGUAUAAUAUAGCGUGUUUUGACCGAAAAUGCCUUAAAUCAAAAUUUAAUAUAAUAAAAGUCGCAAGUGUUUAAACUCAAAAAAUCAUAUUUUCCGACAGCCAGCAAUCAGAGUCCAGUUGUCUGGCAGUAAAAUAAUACAAAUAAACAACUUUGGCAUGUAGACGUAGCGAAAACUUGGCUCUAUCAAAAAUCAAUAAAAACUUUUAGCACAAUGCAUUGAAAAUUCUAAUUUGAAGAACUUAAACACUAAACUUGUCAUUUUUGAUUACUCGGUCGAGAAGUCGCAACACGGCGAACACCAACAUACACACUAUAUUAUACGGCCCAAACACCAUUCCAGUCCCUUAUGCGUGCGAUUGUAAAAAACACGCUCUACUUGUUAUAUUGCCAAACGAUAUAUGAGACAUUGUGCUGUGCUCGACGUAGUUAUUUAAGUGGCAUUAAAUCACAUUCCAAUUGUGGCCAGCUUGUAUACCGCGCGCAGCAAAUAAGACGGCUAGGUGUUCCAUACUAUAGUGACCGCGUUCUGCAGCUGGAGGAGCCGGUAACAGAGUGCGCAUGUGCGUGGAAUCCACGACAACGCAGCUGGCGCAGAUGACAAAUCUUGUUCUGACAUGCCAUUGUUGUUUUAGACGGAUUCAAUAGUGUGUGCAGUGUUCAGUUGCAUGACUACCUCAAAUGGACACUAUACAAUGUUUUCUCUCAGUGUCUGUGCGUACAUUUAGUAUUCAUGGUCAGUUAUGUUCUGCCGUUGAUGGGGUAAAAUAGUUGAAGUCAACUAACGUAGCCAGUAACAAUGAAUAUAGUGAACAAAUAAUGAAUUCCUAUGACGUAUUGUUCGUGUUCGUGUUCAAACUUGAUUUAUGGCAUUGCACUCAUUAUGGCAUUUAUCGGUUAGCAGUGCGGAAAUAGUGACAAAUAUUCGUUUAAACUUUAUUGAGCCUCGUUAUGGUGAAACUGUGCUAAAUGCAAGUGCCUAAAGUGUUUCCCAGAUUAAGCUCGGUUUGCCAGUACGAAGGCUUAUAUCAUGGAUAUACAUGUAUGCUAAUUUUUUCUACGUUAAUACUUUGUUGUGAUGCGUCUGAUGUGAUUUAUUUUGAAAGAUUGAUUUUGGAAAGAUUGCUUUUUUAUUUUUGUAUCAUAUUUUGCAUACUUUAUAUUAUUAUUAUCAUCAUCGUCAUCAUCAUCAUCGUCGUCGUCGUUGUCGUCCACGUCGUCGGAAUUGAUAAGGAAGUUAUUAUGACAUUUCAUUGUAUAAUUAUUUUUUCCCUUGUAUGUUCGUAUGCAGGUUUCAAAAUAAAUACUUGUGUUAUGUUACUUAAGACUACAUUUUAAAAAAGAAAUUAUUUCUUAAUGUAAAUUCUUCAUGAAAUAAAGGUAUUAUUAUUAUUAUAAUAAAUAUUAUUAUUAUUAUUAUUAUUAUUAUAUGUGCGGAGACUGUUCGAUGCCUCUUCCGGUUUUCGAGAGACGAAAUACAGGGUUUUCCACUCGAACCCUUCAUUGUUUUUAGAUUCAUAUUAAAGCUAUAAAUUUUAUGCUAACCACCACUAAGCCUUGUGAAAGCCGUUGAUGGGGUAAAAUAGUUGUAGUCAACUAACGUAGCCAGUAACAAUGAAUAUAGUAAACAAAUAAUGAAUUACUAUGACGUAUUGUUUGUGUUCGUGUUCAAACUUGAUUUAUGGCAUUAAACGCAUUAUGGCAUUUAUCGGUUAGCAUUGCGGAAAUAGUGGCAAAUAUUCGUUUAAACUUUUUUGAGCCUCGUUAUGGUGAAACUGUGCUAAAUGCAAAUGCCUAAAGUGUUUCCCAGAUUAAGCUCGGUUUGCCUGUACGAAGGCUUUUAUCAUGGAUAUACAUGUAUGCUAAUUUUUUCUACGUUAAUAUUUUGUUGUGAUGCGUCUGAUGUGAUUUAUUUUGAAAGAUUGAUUUUGGAAAGAUUGCUUUUUUAUUUUUGUAUCAUAUUUUGCAUACUUUGUAUUAUUAUAAUUAUCAUCAUCACCGUCAUCAUCAUCGUCGUCGUUGUCGUGCACGUCGUCGGAAUUGAUAAGGAAGUUAUUAUGACAUUUAAUUGUAUAAUUAUUUUUUCCCUUGUAUGUUCGUAUGCAUGUUUGAAAAUAAAUACUUGUGUUAUGUUACUUAAGACCACAUUGUAAAAAAGAAAUUAUGUCUUAAUGUAAAUUCUUCAUGAAAUAAAGGUAUUAUUAUUAUUAUUAUUAUUAUUAUUAUUAUAAUAAAUAUUAUUAUUAUUAUUAUUAUAUGUGCGGAGACUGUUCGAUGCCUCUUCCGGUUUUCGAGAGACGAAAUACAGGGUUUUCCACUCGAACCCUUCAUUGUUUUUAGAUUCAUAUUAAAGCUAUAUAUUUUAUGCUAAUCACCACUAAGCCUUGUGAAAGCAACCAAACUGUGUAAUAACAUUUUCCUUACUCAUGUCUUUAGACAAUCAAUAAAUUAGGCUUUGUUUUACUUCACGAUUCUUUUUGAUAUAAGUGCGUGUAUUUGUAUCAAGUUAUACAUAUCUCCCCGUUUUUUAUAAUUACUAAAAAAUAUUUGCAUGAAUAGUGUUCUCGUUUACCUUCGUUGUCCGAGUUAUUGUUACAUGUUAGCGUGGCUCUGAAAACUGGGUUUAUAUAUUUGCGUACAGUUUCAAACCAGAUUAACCUGUUGAGUCCGCACAGGCAUUUUUGGGACGACGCUCUCCGUUGUAUUGUAUUUUUUGUUCAAAGGAAGUCACUCCUGGUCGAAAUUCAUGUUUCGGUGAAACGUUUCGUCCCUGAUUAGCCUGUGCGCACAUGCAUUAAGCCCCGUUUUCCCAGAGCUAAGAUCCUAAUAUAUGUUUAUCGUUAAUGUUAUAAUAAUACAACUAGAUGUGUACGUCUCGGAUUGGUGCUUCUUUUAGUAUUUUUUAAAGUACGAUGAUUACUGUAUAGUAUUAAUUGUGUUCGCUAUGUAAUGGAUCGUUGAAAUAAAGUUACUCUUCUCUA